CUUAAAGAAUGGUGGUGGUGGUGGUGGGGUGGGGGUCUUACCCCUCUGUCCCCUUUUUAUUCUCUGCCUGCUGGUCUCCUUGGUCACACAUGCACACAUACUACUCAGUCACACACAAACACUGACGAGGGCUCAGUCCUGCUAUGGCCACCACCACGACCGAGGAGAGCUCUCCUGCCCCGGCCACGGUAGCACCGCAGCAGCCCAACAUGGACACUAGUGUAGAACCAGACUCAGUGUCGAAGUCUGAGCCCAGUGAGGCCCAGUGUGACACAGCGGCUAAAGAAGAUGAGGAAGAGGAGAGCACAGAAGCAGGAAGCUCUGGGCAAGAGAAUGCAGGAGGGCAUAGUGUGGACCCCGAGUGGUUGGAAGAAAGGUUCAGGAUUGACAGGAAGAAGCUGGAGAACAUGUUGUAUGCACCUAAGCAAGUCGAUGCUGAGACCGGGGAGGAGUUUUUCAAAAGAGUGAUGAGCGAAACUAACACUCAGGUGAAAUGGCCUUCAAAGCUAAAAAUAGGAGCAAAGUCAAAGAAAGAUCCACAUGUGAAGGUGGAAGGGAAAAGACCCAAUGUCCUGGAAGCCAAAAAGAAGAUUCUAGAAGUGUUGGAAACACGGGUCAACAAGGUUACCCUAAAGAUGGAUGUGGCCUACACAGAGCACUCACACGUCAUCGGUAAAGGCGGUGGAAACAUCAGAAAGGUGAUGGAGAUCACUUCCUGUCACAUCCAUUUCCCUGACUCCAACCGUCACAGUAUAGCAGGAGAGAAAAGUAAUCAGGUCUCCAUCGCUGGACCCAUAGAGGGAGUGGAGGAAGCCAGGAGGAAAAUAAGAGAAUUGCAGCCUGUGUCCUUGACCUUUGACCUCCCAGUCAGCCUGGUGCCUCAGCCUCUUCCAGAUGCAGGUUCACCCCUCAUUCAGCAGGUAGUGCAGGCUCUGGGGGUCAGUGUCAGCUUCAGGGCCGUGUCACCCCAGGCCCAACCUCCCUUCUAUGGAAGUUGCUGCACCGUUUGGGGUCUGCAGGGCAACGCAGCUGCAGUCAAGAAAGCCACUUGUAUUCUGAUGGACCUGUUGCUGGGGUCAGAGGUCACAGGGGGUAUAGUGACCACUCAACUGGAUGUCACGUCUCAGCAGCACCUCUUCCUGUUGGGUCAGAAUGGUGCUCACUUCCUGAGUGUCAUGCAUCAGACGCAGACCCAGAUCAUCCUUCCAGACCUCAGUGACCCUCAGAGCCCACCCUCCCUGCUGAUCCAGGGCAGCCCUGAUGGUGUGUGUCUGGCCCGGCAGCAGCUCAUGGAUUGUCUGCCGGUGUGUUUGAUGUUCGACAUGCGUGAAGAUGGAGAUGCAGAUCCUUGUAAACUGGCUCAGAUGAUGCAAAGCUUGGGUGUUUUUAUUAGUGUCAAGCCCAAAGUAAAGCAGACCAGCAAGUCAGUAGUGGUCAAAGGUCUGGAAAGAAACAUCUCGUGUCUUUAUGAAGCCCGUCGUCUGCUCCUGGGUCUGGAAUCCUCUGAGACUUCCAGGGAAAUUGAAGUGAACCCUGAUCCCAUGCUCACCAGGAACGGACUGACCAAUAAUUUGCUCAAUAUAUUGUUGCAGCAGCUUCGACUCUCAGAGCAAGCUCCUGCUCCCACUCCAGAGGUGACUGGUUCCAAACCCCGUCCAACUCCUCCACCAGGCCUGACUCCCCCUGUCGAUGAGGGGAGGACAGGAAUAAAGACAACGGACGGCCGUCCACUGGAAAAGAUCCUUGAAAACGAGGACCAGUCUAGUCAAUCAGAGGAUGAAAGUUCAAAGGUCAUGGGGAAGUCGUCAUCCUCUGAGGUGUGUGAUGGAAACAGUAACGGCAUGAUCGUCAGCAGGGCGGCGCUGAUGGGACGCAGGGGCAGUCUGCAGAGCCCUGAAAGUGUCAAGGUGUUCGGACAGGGCAGAAGACAUUCGACUGGGCAGGCGCUAACGUACAGAUUGCUGAACACAGAGAUUGAGGGAGGGAGGGCUGAGCAGAGGAACAGCCUGAGGAGAGACAUGGCGCUGGUUCAGGAAGGUCACGGUGACUUAUCCAAGUCUGCGGAUUAUGACUAUGAAAAAAAGAAACUACUGGCCAACAGAGCCAUGCAGAGGAAGCCGGUGGUCACUGAGGUCCGGACUCCCACAGACACUUGGAGCGGCCUGGGUUUCUCCAAAUCAAUGCCAGCAGAAGCUGUCAAAGAGCUGCGCAACGUGAGCCGCCGCAGCUACAAACCUUAUCUGAGCAGCAGCAGCAGCAGCAGCAGCAGCCAGCAACAGUCCUGGAUGAAUCAGACUGGAAGGAUAUGUAACGGCAGUGACUCUGACAACUGGAGGGACCGACGUGGAUCCACUCCUGCAUCCCUACCCAUUCAUUCCUCCUUCUCCUCCUCUGCCUCGUCUUCCUCUUCCUCUUCCUCUUCCUCCCCUUCCUCACCUCCCUCAAAUUUCUCCUCAUCCACCUCCUCAUUUCCUGCGCUUGUAUCGUCAGUGAACAGAAACAGAAAUGAUGGCUUUCUGAGCAGCAGCAGCUGCAGCUACUUCGAGGGCGUGUCCUCAUCUAGGAGGGCGUCCACCUGCAGUCAGCGAAGCCCCUCCCCUCAAAUAACGGACGACCUGGCUGAGCUUCUCAGUCAACUUGGGUUAAUGAAGUACAUUGAUGUGUUUGAACAACAAGAGAUUGACUAUCAGACAUUUCUCACACUGUCCGAUGAAGAUCUGAAAGAAGUGGGUGUCUCUACAUUUGGAGCAAGACGUAAAAUGUUGUUGGCGAUCUCAGACUUGAACAAAUGCAAGAGGAGGCUCUCAGACACUCCCGCAGUUAAGUCUGGAUACCUAGAGGGCGGCGCCAGUGGUCGCCUACCACGGAUCAUAGAUCUAGAAAUGGCUGCUCAGAGCAAUCGCUGGUGAAAUGAGAAGUCAGAUCUACUGUAAAUGGUCUGAAGUGAUGCUGAUGCCAAUGUAGAGAUCUUAUCAGCUAAAUAUAUUCUCGUAAUGAUUUAAAAAAUAAAUCAAAAACUGAAAGCAUUUUAAUCUAGUGCCUUUCAUCUACAGCCAUAUCCCAAAGUUUUUUUUUUUAUAUGAAAACAAUUAAGACAAGGAGGUCUACUGUAUAAAUCCUCUGAUCAGGACACUGAAAACAGACGGUUGUGUGUGUGAUGUGUCUUUAUUAUGCAACUGUUUCCAUGCUUUGGUACACACUACAUUUUGCAAAUGUGCAUAAAUAUGUAGAAACACACAUUGUGUCAUGACAAUGGUGAUGAAUAAACCUUCUGGUAUUAACUGACUGGUUUAGGAAAGUGGGUUUUUGUUUAACAAACUAAACUUGAUAAUUUGUGCAUCCAUAUCAGAUACAUUGAGCUCACAGAUGCCAACUAACCACCAGAGAGCACUGUUGUUACACACGGUCUCCAUAAAAGUUCAAUCCUCUGUAGGUUGCAUUAAACAAUAAUGGAACUGUAAACAAAUCGCAUUAAAACUGUCUUUGAAAUGUACAUUAUAAUUAUAAUAUAAUAACAUGUACUUAAUAA